AUGAGCUUAAAUCAGUCUCCUUCCAAAUUUGAGGACGCGAUUCAAGUAGACAAUUCUCAUAUGUCUCCCAGCGAACACAAUGAAAUGGGCUCUUCACACGAAGAACCUAGAGGUUUGCACUCGAGUGUCCAACCAUCAGAAGGUUCCAAGAUCCUGAAUACUCCGGCUCGAGUCAACUCGCUAUCAAAAGUUGAGCUAAGUACCAUAACUUCCUUGACGGAAUAUGAAGAUGCCUCUAUUGUGAAAACUCCUCGACGAACAACUCAAAGACCAUUACGAACUCCGUCUCGAACUCCGUCCCGUCCCAAUACACCCAACCGAACUCCCAGAAAGCCAACGACUCCCAUAACACUGCAAGCGAUUGCUGAUGGAGCAACUCCACGUCGGCAUCGGCUGCUUUUGUCGCUUUCAAAAGGUAAGGUGAAUAAAGGCUAUUCUCCUCGUAAGGAUUUGCAAAUGCUGGGGCGACUAUUGACGCUGGAAAAAGAGGAUGUGCGGAAAAAACGAAAGACACAGCAUGAGGCCGAACAAAGUAAUGCAUUGGAGAUUUUGUACGCAAAACUUGCGCCAGAACCCACAGGAAAGGCCGAGUCUGGAGAAUUAUCAGGGGAACUGUUGUCUCAAUCAAGGGAUUAUUUAAGUACACCUGAUAGAUCACCAAGGAAGGGGCGAUUAUCAAGUAGACUAUCUCUUGAGGCCUCAUUCGGAAAUUCAAAUGUGGCUCUACCUGAAGCAAUUAUUCGCAAGCAGGGAGAUUUUGAUAUUGAUUCCAACGAAGGCAUCUUUGCCUCUUCUAACGGAAACGAGCCUGUCUUAGAAGACAUCGACAACUUCAAUAUCGGAGGUGAAUAUGACGCAUUCAGUAGUGACGAUAGUGAUGACAAUGACAACCUCAGCGGUGAGCGACCAGAGACAGAAGAUCUAUCGCUUUUGAAUGUACAUUCCCAGAAUAAGGUUCCUUCUUUUGUCACCAUUAGGAAAAGAGCAAAAGAAUCACAGCCCGGCUCUGGCAAACAACCAGUGAUCUCGCUGGCUAUGAUACGAAGUCUCACACGAUGGCUGCUAACUGAGAACGACUUGAAAAAGCUGCAGUCUAAGGAAGCUCUGAUUGAACUCCAAUAUAUCAGUGAAGAGUUUUUCAGACAGGAGCUCAAUGAUCUCGAAAGCUAUAUUGAGCAUGCGAAUCGUAGAACAGUCAGUUAUGUUGAUAUCAAGCUUCUGCUGCAUCGUGCACGGCUUGGUUCGUCUUACGAUCUAUUUAAUUUCGCAGAUAGAGCCACGUCGAUCGAAAAUGACAUCUUGAACUUGAGCUCGCAGAUUUUUGAUCUUGAAAUCACGUCGGAAAUUGAGAAGCUUCUCUACAGAGACAAAAUUCAACGUUCAAAGAGAAUAAAAAGACAGCUUUUCAAGGACAAAAAAGAGAUUAGGAGGCGACUAGAGCAUAACUUUCAGGAUGAACGCUUAGGCUCGUCUGAUUCAAUGAGCGAUCUGGAGGAACAAGAACACAUGGAAAAAAUUGAAAGACGCACAUUGGGGAGCCCCGGUCCCAAUAGGGGAAUAUCCACCACUAUCCACACUUUGGAAGUUAACUCUGAAACUGACUUAGCAAAUGAAAAUCAGUUUGAUUCACACUUGUAUUUGCGAAUAGAAAAUGAUGGAACCUCUAGUGAAAACUCGCUGAUUAUCCCACUAGAAGAAGAGGAUAGCGAGGAACAAGAAUUAGAGAAGUAA